UCUCUCCCCAAUUACAAAUGUCUUGACAGUUGCGUAAUUUAAUACAAAUUGGAGAAGAGGAUCUAUAGUGCUUAGAAUGACAAGGUAACCACGACCCAAGGUGAUUCACUGGCUCUACGCACUGUUUGCCUCCGAUGAAUCAUGCAUUGUCGAUUGAUAAAAACGUACAGAGGCAACAUAAAUAUACAUACCGGUCUACAAUGUGUUUUGUAUGGGACGAAAUUAAUAAUGUAAAGGCCUAUAAUCAAUUAUGUCGAAAGACAGAUGAUGGAUAGACUUAUGUGGGGAAACCCGGUCAUGGAUCAUAUACCUGGUAACAGGAGAUACUCGGUUUUCCCACAAAAAAAAAACGUUGUGGGUGGGCUGCAGUGGUUUCUGCGACGUGUGCCUGCGUGGUUACGCACCGCACGGGCAAUGCGCAGAGGGGAUCCUUGUCCUGUUGUUGCCAUAAAACCAUAUUAGGUAUCUGACUUCCGGUUCUCUUGGAAGGAGAAAAAAAGUUAACGGUGAAAGCGAUAUUGUCUGCCAUUACGUCAUUUACACAUUAGCCGGGAUAACUGAGAGCGAGGAGAAGGAAGAGAAUCACAUAUUCAAACCCGUAAAACGAUGCCUUAUUAAUGUCACCCUCGUUGUUCAUUGAUUUAUUUUGAGAAAACAAAAGCUAAUUGUAUACUUUGUUGCAGUACAGUAACCCCCUGAGCUAAGGCCUUGGCAGGAAAUUGAGCAGCCUGUGCAAUUAUUCAGGUUUCAGACAGGUUAAUAACCGACACUACUAACCAAGUGAAUGUGGUUCGCAUCUGUUAUACUAAUUUGCACACCUAACCCUAAAUAGGUUUAUAGACAAAACAUUUUGUUUAUGCAAUUGGAAGCUAUAGAGCUAACAGGCUUCGAUCUGGCCAUUACUGGCUGUCUGCCUGAGGUGGCAUUUAUGAGUAAGCUCAACCUCGAACUGCUAUGACUGCGGAAUUGCCUCCGUUAUCUAACAGACACUGCCCCUCCCCCAGUAUACACAGACACGCACACACACACACACACACACACACACACAUCUGAAUCUGCAGCCCAAACCAAUGUGGUUUGUGUAAGAAUGUGUGAGAGGAUGGAGAGAAGGUUCUUUAUUUGAGGGCGUGUGUGUGUGCAUGUGUGUGUGGGGGAGUGGAUAAUAGGUGCCAAUCAAUAUCUAAAAAAUGCAUAAAGAAUAAACCAUUGUAGCAAUGUACAGACAGGAAUUUACGACGCAUACUGUAAGUCAACUAAAUGUUUGCAUGUGUGUGUAUGUGUGUCUCCAUGGUGUGUAUUUCAGGGUGGGGGUGAAGCGGAGGGUGGUUGCUAGGUAACCAGAUAGACUGUGGCUCAUGUUACCCUGUUCCUGUUUCUCUCUGUCCCAAAUGCAGACGACUCCUCUGUCCUCUGUCUUCUCUUUCUCAAAGCCAAACACCCAUCUAUUUUUUGUUGAGUUUGAGGCCUCUUUGAGAGAAGCAAUCUACAAAAAGCAACAUUUAGAAAAAGUUUAAAACCUUUUUGAACCUUGCAGAAAAGUUUAGAACCGUGGAAACCUCAUAUCCCUGUUGAUAUUCAGGAGCCACCUGCGAACGGAAGCUGCCUUUCACCUCUCUGAGUAGCCUGGUUUGCACUGGUCUGCACUGGUCUGAGCUGGUUUAAACUUCCGUGGUCUGUAGAGGUCAGGAUGCGGGGGUUACAGCUAAAGGCCCUUUCUGCAGUGUUGUUAGUCCUCGCAGUGGCGACCACGUCUCACUGUCAAUCGGACUCUUCAGACUGCUCUCAGGCUGAGUCAUGUGACCUGUGUGUUGGAGACUCCACCCUCAACUUGACUGGCUGUGUCUGGAGGGUUUGUGGGAACGGUAAUGAUACUGGAUGUGUGUCUGAUCAGGUUGAUAAUCAGAACUGUAACGCAACCAAUGACCCAGCCAUGUGCACAGCUAUAGAGAUCAUUAUUGUGGCAGAGGGGCAAGGGAAUUCAGACGGUGCACCCCCGGAGUCGUCCGAGUUUUCCCAGGCCAGCUUCGACCUGUCCAGUUUCAUUGGAGGAAUCAUUCUUGUGCUGUGUGUCCAGGCAGGAGGAUUCUUCGCCAUGCGCUUCCUGAAGAAAGACGAAUCCUACGAUCCAAUAGAGCAGCCAGCCUAGAGGGGAGACAGGAGUACAGGAGGACACAAGGGAGGGAUGAAGGAGAGAUGUGACUCAUCAUGGCGUUACCAUGCUUUGGUUGACGUCAAUCCAGAAUAAUUUAAUGUCUGUGUCUGUGUGUGUGUCGUACUCUGGUGGGUGUGUGUGGAUGGGGGUGUUAUUUUCUAGUGUGUGUG